AUGCGGACCAGGCACUACCUGACCACCCAGUGCCUGGACACGCCCUGCGACUCCGCGUGGAUGAUGUUGUACACGCGCGGAAGCGACAUCAACUUCCUGAACGCGACGAGCUUGACCAGGUCGGCUUUCCACCAACUACUGCGGCGCUUCAGCCGCUUUUACUACAUCCCACGCAGCACGGCACGCGGGCGGCUCCCGAAGCUCCGACACUACCACCAGAUCCUGGGCCUGGUGCUGUGCUUCUACGUCGGGUCGAUGGAGCAGAGCUCCCUGUGUAUGAUGUUUGGGGCUCCGCCGAGCACCAUAUCGAGGCCGCUACGCCGCGCCGAGGAAGCACUGUCGCUGGCGCUAAAAGGCUACGCUCCUGCCAGAAUCUCUUGGCCCUCGCCUGCUCGCCAAGCCGAACUCGCAAAGCUUGUGGAAGCCCGCGAGCCGCUUCUCAAACACACAUUCGGCUUCAUUGAUGGGAAGAACUUAAGGGUGAGUUGUAGUUUGUAA